AUGAGUGAAUCGUAUGAAUCGUUGUCUCAUUUAAGUGGCGAAGAGUUUCGUGUCAAUUGCGAGCAGACAGUCAUCGGUGGACAACGUGUUGAUGGAAGUGAUGGCUAUUAUGACCACAAAAAGGGAUUUGUUUUCAUCACUCAAUCCAACGUUUUGGGAACAACUGAUUGUCAGAGAAGUGAUGACCAGAGGAAUGAAGAGACGAUUGGAGACCAAGAAGUGGUCAUUAAAUCGGAAGACAAUCACAACAACGGUUCCAGUGAUGAAGAAAUGUGCGGAACAUCUCAAGACAUUCACUCAACGGAAGGGCUAUUCAUGUGUUUAUUAAAUGGCUGUCAAAACACGUUUGAAUUAAAACAAAACUAUACUCGACAUCAACUGGUAGUACAUCCCGACGCCUUUCCCCACAAACCAUGGAUUCAAUGCUCGCAUACGGGCUGUCAGUUUAGGACUAAACACACGGGAACUAUGACUCAACACUCGCACAAACAUACGAAGCCUUUCGUGUGCACCCGAUGUGGACAGACAUUCACCACUAAUAUAGCCCUUAGGCUGCACUCCAUGAGACAUAAUUGUCACCCGAUAUCACAAACCAAUGAAAGGACGGUUGAGUCUCAAGACGUGACCACAAAUGAAGAGUCGAAUGCAGACCCGGAAGUGGUCUUAAAAUCGGGCGGACAUCGAGAUAACGGUUCCAAUGAUACGAAAAUGUGUGACAAACCCAAAGUCAUUCAAACAACUGAUGGACUGUUCGCGUGUUCACUAAAUGGCUGUCAAAACACGUUUGAAUUCAAGCAAAACCUAAGCCGACAUCAUCUGGUAGUACAUCCCGACGCCUUUCCGGACAUACCGUGGAUUGAAUGCCAGUAUACGGGCUGUGAGUAUAGGACUAAACACAACCACACUAUGAGACAACACGAGUACAAACAUACGAAGCCAUUCAAGUGCUCCCGAUGUGGACAGACAUUCAAGAGUAAUAGGGCUCUUGAGGUUCACUCCAAGAAACAACACAACAAACAGUUGGUGAGAGUCCGCACCCGAGGGUCCGGUUGUGGCAACACUUCUGUCAAUAAAAGUCGUCUCAAAUCACAGACCAAUAGACAGACUGUUGGGACACAAGUGAUGAACACAAAUGCAGACCAAGAAGUGGUCAUCAAAUCAGAAGAUGUUUUGUUUUCAUCACUCAAUCCAACGAGAAGUGAUGACCAGAGGAAUGAAGAGUUGAUUGGAGACCAAGAAGUAGUCAUUAAAUCGGAAGACAAUCACAACAACGGUUCCAGUGAUGAGGAAAUGUGUGAAACAUCUCAAGACAUUCACUCAACGGAAGGGCUGUUCGUGUGUUCACUAAAUGGCUGUGAAUUCAGUUGUCGACGAAAGUCUGACUUCAAUCGACACCAACUGGUCGUACAUCCGGACGCCUUUCCCCACAAACCAUGGCUUAAAUGCCCGCAAAAGGGUUGUCAGUACAGGACUAAACACAAGGGAACUCUGACUCAACACUCGUAUAGACAUACGACACCAUUCAAGUGCACCCAAUGUGGACAGACAUUCCCCACCAAUAUUGCACUCAGACACCACUUCCAGAGGAAUCAUAACAAAGAGUUGGUGAAAGUCCUCACCCGACGGUCCACUUGUGGCAAAUCAACUGUCAAUAAGAGUCGUCCCAAACCGCAAACCAAUGAACCGACAGUUGGGUCACAAGACGUGAACACAACCGAGAAGUCUAUUAAUAGUAAUGAAGUGAAAAUCGUGUCAAUUGUGAGACAAAGUGAUAGCCGUUUGCAGACAUCAGAGGGACUCCAUGUUUGCGGUUAUAAUGGUUGCGGUAAAAGUUACCCAACACUGAGACAAUUAUCACAACACAAACGAAUGCAUCCGAAAGUAAACCAAAUGACAACUGACGGCAGAUAUGUUUGCGGUCACAGCGGUUGUGGUAAGAGUUUCGCUAAAUUAGUGUACCUAACGAAACACAAGUACACGCAUAACUCGGAUAAGAUCUACCGGUGCGAUGUGGACGGGUGUUCAGCCAGGUUUUCGUCACCAAUCUAUGUAAACAGUCAUAAAAUGAACAAACAUAACACUAAAUACCGGUGCGAUUGGGAGGGAUGUGAUUACAAAACUGGCAGUAAAUACAUCUUUGAUAAACACCAAUUGAUUGCGCAUUCAGGGGAACGACAGUUCACGUGUCCGGUCGAGGAAUGCCUGCAAACGUUCAAAACUAAGUCCGAUGCGACUCACCAUCAGCUGCGACGACAUCCCGACUCUGUGCCGGACGUGCCGUGGAUUCACUGCACGCACACUGACUGUCAGUAUAAGAAUAAGUCGGACUGUGCUAUGAAAGCACACCUCAAACAACACACCAAACACUACCGGUGCGAUGAGUGCAGCAAAUGGUUCACACAUUUAUCUCAACUCAAACUCCAUGAGCCCAUACAUAACGAGGCGCUACAAUACCCUUGCGAAUGGCCCGGUUGUGAGAGACGGUUCCCGAGAAAGGGUCACUUGGCUCUACAUAUGGCCGCACAUGAGGGUGAAAAAAAGUACCGGUGCUCGUGGCCGGGCUGUAGCAAGAAAUACAAUGUUAACCAUGUGCUCAAAAUGCAUGAAAUAACACAUAAGGAUCCCACGAAAUACCGGUGCCAUUGGCCGGGAUGUGGCCGACUGUUGAGCAGUAAGAAAAGUCUUACGCGACACGAGUCCGAACACACGGCUAGUCGCAGGUAUCGGUGCCAUUGGCCCGGCUGUGAGUAUAAUACUCACGACACUAAGAGUCUAAACAAUCAUCUAAAUAGAAGUCAUAAGUAA